AUGUCGUUUGCCUAUCCUGAUAGAUUAGAUAUUACUGUAGCCCAAUUGAAAGGCAUCUAUGAACAAUUACAAGAGGUAUUUAAUGAUCGACUAGACCUUGUAUUACCUGAGGAACAAUUUGAACCAAAUGAUCCCAUGAGAAGAGAAGUACAAGUCAAUGUACAAAAUUUCGUAAAUGAUGUUAUGGAUAUGGCUAUCAAGUCUUUACGUGUAAUUGAUGUUGAUGAUGGAGUUGAAGAGGAAGAUACUAUGGGUAUUAAGGAAUUGUUGAAAGAAUCAGAGAAGAAGAAUGUUGAACCAUUUGAUUUAGAACUUAAUGAAAAAGUGAGACAAGCUUACCAAGAAUGGGAAGAUCAAACUGUUAAAGUUGCUCAGCUGAGAGAGAAUGGUCCCCGAAAAGUCAAUGAACUUUAUAUGUCUGAAGCAUCGACAUACCUGAAUAAAUUAGAUUCAAGAAUUGAUGACUUGUCAAAAGAAAUCACACUUGAUGACAAAACCCCUCAAUAUAAGGAUGACGACGAAGAUUAUAAAACUAUAAGGAACAUACAUGAAGCAACUUCGACUUAUCAUGAAAGUUUACAAAAUCUCUAUGAUACUGAACAAAGAAUACCAGAAAUUAGAUCCAAUAUUGACAAAUUGAAACAUUUAGUGGCAUAUUUGGAGAAGGAUUGA